UUCACUCCCCCCCUGACUCUUCCCAGAUCAUGUAGUUUCUUCACAAAAGAGUUGAGAAGCUCAAGUUCAAAUAAGGCUGCUGGAGAGUUGCAGCUGAGGAUGGGUUCUGGCUUUGCAGCGGAGAUGAAGAGAAGAUUUUUUCCAGGUGGCAGGUAAUGCCCGGCUUCGCUCACCCAGGGCAUGCCAGCGCCAUAGAUCACCUGCCGCAGCGAUUCACAGACACUACAGGGAUAGGAGGACGUUCCUGCACUGCUCUGUAAAGUCUUCCUAUGGGACACAGCUACCACAUCCAGGCAGGAGGUGGGAUGUCAUUCUGAGGAGGGCACCUCACAGCUGACCUGAAGGAAGCGGCGCCAAGUAGAAGACCAUUCCGGACGUCCAUGACUUCCGCCUGUAGCGUCAGGACCAUGACCUCUCUGAGCGCCGCUGUUUUCUUUCUGCUUGUGGUUGCGGGAAACACGCAUGGGGGCAGCACCCAAGAAUUCCAGAACAGCGACGGCUCGGAGCAAGAAUUCAUUUACGUCAACAGAGAGAGGCGGUCGGCAGAAUCGUCAGACAAAUGCAGCUACACGUUUAUCGUGCCCCAGCAGAAAGUCACCGGGGCAAUUUGUGUGAACUCCAAAGAGCAGGACACGGUCUUCCAGAGUCAGACGCAGAAGCAAGAGAUCGAAUACAUGAACACGGAGCUCCUGAAGCAGAAGAGACAAAUCGAAACUCUGCAGCAGCUGGUGGAGGUGGACGGCGGCAUCGUCAAUGAGGUCAAGCUCUUGCGGAAAGAGAGCCGCAACAUGAACUCUCGGGUCACUCAGCUGUACAUGCAGCUCCUGCACGAGAUCAUCAGGAAGAGGGACAACGCGCUGGAGCUCUCGCAGCUAGAAAACAAAGUUCUCAACCAAACUGCAGAAAUGUUACAGCUGACCAAUAAGUACAAGGACCUAGAACAUAAAUAUCAACACUUAGCCUCCCUGGCAAGCAACCAGUCUAUUGUCAUUGCCCAGCUGGAAGAGCACUGCCAGAAGGUGCCACAAACCAGGCCAAUACCGCAACCUCCCCAACAGCCCAACAAGGUCUACCUGCCGCCCAACUACAACCGCAUCAACCAAAUAUCUACCAAUGAGAUUCAAGGAGACCAAAACUUAAAGGUGAUUCCGCCUCCUCUGCCCACAAUGCCUUCCGUCACCAGCAUUCCGACGUCCACAGACAAACCUUCAGGUCCCUGGAGAGACUGUCUGCAAGCGAUUGAGGACGGGCAUGACACAAGCGGCAUAUACCUGGUGAAGCCGGAUAACACCAACAGGCUGAUGCAGGUGUGGUGCGAUCAGAGGCAGGACCCCGGAGGAUGGACAGUCGUCCAGAGGAGACUCGAUGGCUCCGUUAACUUCUUCAGAAACUGGGAAACGUACAAACAAGGAUUUGGGAACAUCGAUGGCGAGUACUGGCUGGGCCUGGAGAACAUCUACUGGCUGACCAACCAAGCCAACUACAAGCUGCUAAUCACCAUGGAGGACUGGCAAGGGCGCAAGACGUUUGCGGAGUACGCCAGCUUCCGCCUGGAACCGGAAAGCGAAUUCUACAAGCUGAGACUGGGGCGCUAUAACGGAAACGCUGGCGACUCUUUCACCUGGCAUAAUGGCAAGCAGUUCACCACCUUGGACAGAGACCAUGACGUAUACACAGGUAACUGUGCCCAUUACCAGAAGGGAGGAUGGUGGUAUAACGCAUGUGCUCACUCCAACCUCAACGGCGUCUGGUAUAGAGGUGGACAUUACCGCAGCCGCUACCAAGAUGGCGUCUACUGGGCGGAGUUCCGAGGUGGAUCAUACUCCCUAAAGAAGGUCAUUAUGAUGAUCAGACCAAACCCCAAUACUUUCCAUUGAGAACAGAACCUAUGACCAGAGAAAGACUCCUGAGAUUGGCGGCACGGCACAGAAAGCUAUGCCGAAAUCAGCGUCCGUCACAUAAGACUGACCUGUCUGCCAGUACUGUAAGAAGACAUUUUUGUUGAGGGCUUGCUGCCUAUUCUCACAAACAAACCCUUCCUGCAACAGGUGCGUUCAUAACACGCACCUAACGCAAUAGGAAUACAAAACCCAAAAACGUAUAACCCCCCCAGAUGGCCCAUAUGUCUAUCUCCCUCUGUAAACCAACCCGGAAAAGACCCAAACAAAACCUGGCUACAGACGAAACAUACACGGGCCCUAGCUUAGGAUAUUUAAAGUACUAUGUACUAAUAUAAACCUUGUAUUAUCAUUUUGGGUUUUAUCGACACAGGAAAUGACAUCCAAUGAAUUUACGUAGCAACGAAAGUAGAACGCUGGUCUAUGUUUCCUAUACAUCGCAUUAUGUUAAUUUACCGGCCCUGGGAUAAAAGGACAUGAUGUCAUCAACCAGACAGGCUGAUGUCAUGAACCAGACGGGCUCUGUACAAACCGAUGGGGGCUAGCCGCCAUCUUGAAUGUUGUGCACUCAUCACAAUGUACUGUAUCUGUAAGCUCUCCUUCAUUCUGUGACCUCUAGAACACAUACAGCUGAUCAGGGAACUACGCGUUUUGCUAUAACCAAACCACCUACCUGUAAAGUAUUUAGAGAAACAUGUAAAUAUAUAUUUUUGCAAGCAAUACAAACGUAUAACAUACACUACACUCAAUAAUAUCUAGAGAUCUUAGAUUGAGAUCCUCGCAAGUUCCCUCCCAGCCAUUAUUAAUUUGACGCUAUAUACGCGACCGCCAACCCUUGCGUAAAGGCUAUAAUAAUAGAAAAGGGUGUCCAACUUUGCAGGCAAACGACGGGUGCCUAAAACAUAUUUAAACUUGCGGUAUUUGAGAAAUGUAGAUUUAUACAGAAAUAGGUUUUCCAAAAUUUGGGUAUAUGAAAAAGAAAUUUGUUUAAAAAAAAAACAUUAUUGUAUUUAUUCUAAAUUGCAAGUGGCGGAGGCGACUUAAUAUCACGUAUCUGAACACAUUUAACACUUACCAUGUAAAUAAUAAACCGUUUUCAAUAUA